UUGGCAAAAACGGUUUUUGCUCUCGGUUCUCGGCUGUUAAAUCAACGGAAAUUGAUUGAUAAUUAGAAAAUAAUACAAGUGCGAAGUGCAAUAACCAGAUAUGAUACUAGAUAGUAGUUUAUAAAGAUGAAAGUUGAUUGUUUUGACCUCGCACACAAUUUUGGCAACUAACGCACACAGAUGCAGGUGUCUUGUGAAAGCAGCGAAGAAGAGGAAGAAAGGAGAGCGAUUUAGCCAUACUGGCUAAAUUUAAAAUUAUCUCACUGACAAGAUGCUAAAUUUAGGCAAUGCCAAAGUUUCCGCUCUGGAGGAAGCCACCUCACCACCCCCCUUCUCCAAGGACGAGAGCUUCCAGCUGUUGGAGAGAAGUCCCCCCGCCGUCGAGCUGGAACCCCCCUUCACCACCCCCCUGGCACCAUUCGAUAUGGAGCUGAUGAAACGUCACAAUCUCCACGAGCGACUAACGGGAAAGGACAGUUUUUGGAGAGGACGGGGCUCGGGACCGGGAUCCCAGAGAUUCGUGGACCAGGAGAAGCUAUCAGCAUCGCGUGAAUCACUCAGCAACGCCGAUAGGAGAGCCAGGUUUGCAGAGAGCACCGCCUCCACCCUUCAACUGCCAGACGCUGCCGAGCCCCGGGCCAAUGGCAAAAAGCCCACUGGGGACAGGACCAACCCAUCGAAUCCAGCCGCGCCUCUUCUGCCAAUGACUGAUCCGGACUUUGUAAAGGGCAACGAAAGUGGCGUCUACGAUGAUCGCGAGUGCAGCUGUCCGAGGGAGUUCUUCGAGCGGGCCGAGGUCAACCCCUCGCUGUUCUUCGAGGACUGCCUCCGGUCCAUUGACUUCGUCCUGGCCUACAGGAUCUGUGCCCACGAGCCCACGGAGGUGGAGAACACGGAAAAGCGUCGUGUCUUCGAGGCGAACCUCAUUAGUCAGGGUCUGGAGGUCGAGGCCAGCCAAAAGGACCAAAUCUGGUUCGUUAAGAUCCAUGCUCCUUUGGAGGUCCUGCGGCGGUAUGCGGAGAUACUUAAGCUGCGCCUGCCCAUGAAAGAAUCUUUAUGCAAUUUGCGCAUAUAUGAAAGAUCGAAUCGCCUGCGAAAUGCGGCCCAAUACCUGUCCAAUAAGGUUGGCCAAAGCGUUGAAGUUAAACCAAUUCCAGGCAUGUCUGUGGUUAAUCGGUCCACCAAAAGCGUGCUUUCUAGUCUCAAAACUGUUUUCCAAUUCUUCCUGCGCAACAUCUAUGUGGACGAAGACAUUUUUCCUAAAAGAGCGCAUCGAUUCACCGCCAUUUACAGCCGAGAUAAGGAGUAUCUCUUUGAUAUCCGACAAGAUUGUUUCUUUACCACCGCCGUCCGUUCCCGCAUCGUAGAGUUUAUCCUAGAUCGCCAGCGAUUUCCCGCCAAGAAUCAACAUGACAUGGCCUUUGGCAUUGAACGACUGAUUGCCGAGGGCGUCUACUCUGCUGCCUAUCCCCUCCAUGAUGGUGAAAUUACGGAGACGGGUACUAUGAGAGCCCUGCUUUACAAACAUUGGGCGUCUGUCCCUAAAUGGUAUCGCUAUCAACCCUUAGACGACAUUAAGGAAUACUUUGGUGUCAAAAUUGGUUUAUACUUUGCCUGGCUGGGCUACUACACCUACAUGUUGCUGCUGGCCUCCAUAGUGGGUGUUAUAUGUUUCCUAUACUCCUGGUUCUCUCUCAAGAACUACGUGCCUGUGAAAGACAUCUGCCAGAGUGCUAAUACAAAUAUAACAAUGUGUCCCCUCUGUGAUUGGUGCAACUUUUGGGACCUGAAAGAAACCUGCAACUAUGCCAAAGUCACCUAUCUCAUUGACAAUCCCAGCACCGUGUUCUUUGCCGUUUUUAUGUCCUUUUGGGCCACGCUGUUCCUGGAGCUGUGGAAGCGCUACUCCGCCGAGAUAACCCAUCGCUGGGAUCUGACGGGAUUCGAUGUGCACGAAGAGCAUCCGAGGCCGCAAUACUUGGCCCGUUUGGAGCACAUACCGCCCACGAGAGUGGAUUAUGUGACCAAUAUAAAGGAGCCAACGGUUCCUUUUUGGCGCAUGAAGCUCCCAGCCACUGUGUUCAGUUUUUCAGUGGUGCUACUCCUAAUUGCACUGGCAUUUGUGGCCCUUUUGGCAGUUGUUGUAUAUCGAAUGUCCAUGCUGGCAGCCCUCAAAGUCGGUGCUAGUCCUAUGACCACCUCUAGUGCCAUUGUCCUCGCCACUGCAUCGGCUGCCUUUGUGAAUUUGUGCCUGCUCUACAUACUUAAUUAUAUGUACAACUACUUGGCUGAGUACCUAACUGAGUUGGAAAUGUGGCGCACACAAACCCAAUUCGAUGACUCGCUGACACUCAAAAUUUAUCUGCUGCAGUUCGUCAACUACUAUGCCUCUAUUUUCUACAUCGCCUUCUUUAAGGGAAAAUUCGUGGGUCAUCCGGGACAGUACAAUAAACUAUUUGACUAUCGCCAGGAGGAGUGCUCCUCAGGCGGCUGUUUGACAGAGCUGUGCAUUCAGCUGGCCAUUAUAAUGGUGGGCAAGCAGGCCUUCAACACUAUUCUGGAGGUGUAUCUGCCCAUGUUCUGGCGCAAGGUUUUGGCCAUUCAGGUUGGCCUGUCGCGACUGUUUAAUAACACCCCUAAUCCAGACAAGACGAAGGAGGAACGCUGGAUGCGAGAUUUCAAGCUGCUGGAUUGGGGUGCCCGGGGCCUGUUUCCCGAGUACUUGGAGAUGGUCUUGCAGUACGGCUUUGUGACCAUAUUCGUGGCCGCUUUUCCGCUGGCACCGUUCUUUGCCCUGCUCAAUAAUAUCCUGGAAAUGCGACUGGAUGCCAAGAAACUCCUGACCCACCACAAGCGUCCAGUGUCGCAGCGAGUUCGAGAUAUAGGUGUGUGGUAUCGGAUACUGGAUUGCAUAGGAAAGCUAAGCGUGAUCACAAAUGGAUUUAUCAUUGCCUUUACCUCCGACAUGAUCCCUCGUUUAGUGUACAGACAUUAUGUAAACAAGAAUGGAACUUUGGAUGGUUACCUUAACUUUACCCUAUCAGAGUUCAAAGUCGCUGAUUCACCCACUUUGAAUAGCUUAGCUGGCGAUCUCUCUAAUAUAACCACAUGCAAAUAUACAGAUUUCCGACUACCACCAUCAUCUCCUGAUAAAUAUACUCUGAGCAGCAUGUUUUACAUCAUUUUGGCUUGUAGAUUGGGUUUCGUUGUGGUCUUUGAGAACUUUGUGGCGCUGGUGAUGAUUCUGGUGCGUUGGUGCAUCCCGGACAUGAGCGUGGAACUGCGGGACCAAAUCCGACGCGAAAUCUAUGUGACCAAUGAGAUAAUCAUCGACCAGGAGGCACACAGGGCUCGAUUUGAGCGAGCUAAGCGAAGCAGCUCGGUGCUUCAGACGCCAGUUGACCCGGACAUGGAUGCUGCCUCCAUUCAAGAGCCAAAUGCAAAGUUCAUUAACAUUGAAAAGCUCCUUACUGAAAAUCUCACCCAGGUCGAAAUGGAUGCCAUUAUACAUGGCGAAAAUCCAAUCACAGGCAUCUCCGGUGCCGAUUGUUUGGAAGAAGUGCACAAAAAACUCAGUGACUAAGCUCAAAGUUCGUUAAAGUGAUUCAAUUUGUUAUGGAUGUUCCUCUCAGUCACCUUAUUAUGCCUUAGUUAUGACACAUUUAUUGACACUUAAUUAUUGCAAUUGGUUUGCAAUUUGGUUACAAGCUUUACUCCAUGCUUCACUUGUUGUAUAAGAACAAAGUAAUUGAUAUCUAGGUUAUCUUUUUCUAUGAUAUAUGAAUGUAAAAUGACUUAUCAGUGCCUCAGACUUAUUUUAAUGCAGCCCAAGUGAGUGCCAAUCUACAAAAGAGCACAAUUAGUAUAUUUUUAAAUACUAUCGAACAUUGUGAAAUGUAUAAUGAAAUCUCCAUAGGACAAAUCUCACUCAUGUUAAAAUCUCAGGCUCUCAAAUGACUCGUACAUGAACAUUUAUUUUAGAUAGUGUAACAUAUAUAAAUGUAUUUAUUGCAUUCAUUGAAAUGUAUAUUGAUGUUGGUAUACUGAAAUCUCUAUUUAAUGUUGAUAUUAAUAAUAAACAUGUAGUCAA